CGCCAGUCUGCGUGAGCGUAAACGCGUGCAUUUCGGCUUCCUCGCCUAGUGACUUGGCUGUCUUGCCAAGUCACAACAGAGACCUCGAGGGGGAAGUCGCCCUCUUUUGUCGUGAUGCGUGACAAUUGCGUCUUUGUCAGUUGAGUUUGACUGUUCCUGGUGAAUCGUUGCUCCAAUGGCAAACUAUAAAGCUUUAGAUAGCUCAAUUCAAAAAAUUCUGAAAGAAAGUAUUUCUUUAGAUGAACAGCAGAAGAAACAAUAUAAUGCAAAGUUACAAGAGCUUUUUGAUAUAUUGGAAACAGAAAUGAAGAAACAAGAAGACUUCAAAGCACUUUUUCGACAAAAACAGUAUGUAGGAAGCUACUUCGAGAAUCUGAAAAUUGAAGAGCCCGAUGAAUUUGAUGUUGAUUUUGAACUAGUCAUCCCUUCAUAUGUUGGUGAGUUAAAGGUCUGUGCUAGCCCACAUCCUGGUUUCUGCCAGCUAAAGCUGAAUCCGCCUCCUGCAGCAUCAAGUAGUGGGAAUGAUACAGUCAAAACAAAAGUGAAGAAGUGGUUUGAUGAAAAAGGCUUUAUGUUAAGGUCGAAAGUUCAUCAGUGGAUGCAAGGUGUUGUCGAUAAUGCAUUAAGGGAAUACAGAAGCAGUGACAUGAAAAAAACAUUUAAGAUUGCCAGAUCUUAUUCAGGGCCAGCUAUUACCCUCAAUGUAGAACAUGCUACACAACCAGAGAUGAAGUUUUCAAUUGACCUUGUUCCUGUCUUUGUUUUCCAAGGCUGGCCAACCACAGUCCAUAAACUGCACAAAUAUAAAAAGACAAUGGGUGAUGAUAAGAAACUAAGAGAUGUCCAAAAUUGGAAAGGAAUUGCAAGCUACUACUUAAAGACACUCUUUUUAUGGAAAAAUGACACUGAUUAUAAUUGGUCCAAAAGUAUGGGUGAGCUUUUUAUUGAGAUGCUGGGAGAGCUGAAAGAGUAUUUACUGGUUAAAAAAGCCCUUCCAUUUUACUGGGUCAGUGAAUGUAAUCUGUUUUCACAAUUAAAAGAUGAACAAAAAAAGUGCAUGGGAGGAUUUCUGCAGAGGAUGAUUGCAGAUAUUGAAAGAAAUUUGGAUAAACCUGACUACUUGCUGAAGUAUUUUAAACUAAGCAACGGUAACAGUUCUGCCAGUGGAGUGUCACACGCACUUGCCUCACUUACCCUGCGGAACUGAUUAAGUGUGAUGUAAUGUGUAUUCUACACACAAUGACUCAUUUCUGGAAUUACCAUCAAAAAUUCUGUAAGCGUGUGUGAACAACUGCAGAUGUGUUAUGUCAGUAAUUUUAUACUGCACUGAAGAAGUUCAUGAAAAAUUGUUAUGCAUACUGAAAAUCUUCACAUAAUACUAUAUCUAUGACGCAACCUAGGUGCCUUACCAAAUAAAGGAAAAGACAGCUAAUGGCUGAUGUGGUAUUUCAAUGAUUUGAACUUUGUAUCUUCAAAUAAGAAGGAAAAGAAACUGCUCAGAUAGAAAUUAAUUGCAUGGAAAGGAAAUCAGACAAAGUCCUUAAUUUUCACACUUAACUUGAAACUACAGAAAACACCUACAGUUGCUCAUUGUGCCAUUGUAAUGCACAGUGAGAGGCCGUAUUUUUAGGAGUGAAAAAUAAAAAACUUACUUUUUUACUAAAA